AUGGAGACUGAGAGGAGUGGAGUCGAGUCCUGUGCUGGGUCUAAGAAUAGUUCAGCGAUGCAUCGGGCGUUUUCGUUCCCCGCGGCCGGAGAGCGGAGCCGCUAUAAGGAGCGGCUGGAGGCGAGUUUGGCGGGGCUGCUGGAGCUGGAGGUGCUGAAAGAGCGCCAGGAGGGCCUGGUUCUGGGAGCUCUGGCUCUCGGCGAUUCGGGCCGUGGGCGACCGGCAUGGGGGCUCCUCCGGCACGGCUUCAGCCUCACUUCGGCCAGAGCCGGAGAGCAGUCGGCUUUGGCAGAGCAGCAGCAGGGUUUGAUGACAGUUCUUCAGCAGCAGGUGGGAGAAUUGAGGGUCGAUACAGAGAGCAGCUCAGUGGAAAACCCGACUGAAGCAGCAGACAGUGGACCAAGCUCAGGUUUCUAUGAGCCGAGUGAUACUCAGUCGCCGCUGGACUCAGGAGAACUCUCUCCCAGGACCACAUUCCCUGUACGAUCGCUUGGUGCCAACGAAAGGCCCAUGUCUGCUGGAGACACGUUUGUUGCCAGCCGUGACGGACUUCAGGUCAGUGGGGGGCGUUCUCUGCUUCCUCGCUCACUCUCAGCCCCCCAGCCACCCCUGGCAGGCAUAGCAGAGAGAGGAGUAGAGAGGGAGCAGUGGUUCUGGCCAGUAGGUGAUGCAGUAGGUGAGGAGGACUUCCAGCAAGCUCAACGCAUGGAAACCUACAUCCUGGGCCUGAUCCAGCGCCGCCUGCUUACUGCCAGGCACUGCAAACCUCGCACCAGCCUAAGCCCUGAAGCCAGAGGAGUGGUGAGGCAGGGAAGCCUCUGCUGCAAGGAGCCUCCCUUUGCCACGGAGCGCCACAAGGCUUCACCCAGCCCUGAGAGGUCACCAGUGUGGGCCUCCUAUUGCUUGGAAGAGGAGCAGCUUGGAUGCCUCUCCCAUGAGGAGGCACUCCCUGUGCACUAUCCCAGGCCUCCUGCGCUUUCUGGAAUCCGCUCCACUUCACUGGACUUCCCCUGUGGAGCUCUGGAGCCCAGCAGCAGUGAGGCAGACUCGCCCCAAAACUACCAGGUCCCACACUCGCCCUCCUCAGAUGAACAGCUGGUGAAUGCCCAGUACAUCCCUGCCCAGCCAUGUCGGGCUCCGACCAGAGCCAAAACGCACCGCGCCCACUCCGCUCCCAAAGCCAGCCGCCCCACCCACUCCCCUGAGAGAGUAGAGAGAGCACAACCCAAACCACGAGCUGUCCCAAAGAAGUGCCGCUUCACAGAGGAAAGGGCAGCUACCAAGAAACCUGGCCGAAGGGCUUGCCGAUCACAGUCGGAGAACAGCUUGCUGGGCCAGAAGGGGGCACCUGAGCGGAAGUACAGCACUGUGGAGCGGGACAAUGGGCGGGCUGGCCAUAGCAAAAGCCGCCGCUCUCAGGGCGGCCUGGGGCAUCGGCGCUGGCGCUCCACACUGGAGCUCAGUCAAGACGAGGCAGAGCCUUCUCCUCCGCCUGAGCAAUCCACCAGACGUCCUCGCAGAUCCCGCCCUGGCCCACCUCCUUACUCCUAUAGUCAAGCUCCCCAGCACCUUCAUCAUCCACACCACUUUCAGCAUCAUCCACACCUUCACUCUCCGGACUACCUGCCAUGCCGACCUGAUGGGGGCUAUAAGCAUGCAGGUCCUGCUGAGUGGGAGUCCAGUCUAAGUGAGGGUGAGUCACCAGGCUCCAGCUCCAUGUCUAGUGACUCAGAUGAGAGUGGAGGAUUGGUGUGGCCGCAACAACUUGCACCCCAGCUGGCACCACCCUCACCUCCUACUCCUCCUGGAGCCCCACUGCAAACCAAAGCCUUAGUCAAGAUUAAGGCAUCUCAUGCCCUCAAGAAGAAGAUUCUGCGCUUUCGGACUGGAUCCCUCAAAGUCAUGACCACCGUCUGAGCUACAGGGUAUUGCAGUGGUUCCCAGUCCUGGUCCUGGAAAAACAAGUUAUUCACAGAAAAUUACCUAUUACAAAGUAAAGCCCAGAAACUGAAAUCCGACCUCUCUGGUGGAAAUGCACCUAAAAGGUCCUAAGUUCUUAAAAAGGUUCCUGGUUCCUGUGGGGGAAACAUGCUUUUAGUAUUUCUCUUGCUCCAAAAUAUCCAUUUCAACUCAUGAAGGGCUUGUCAUUUAGGCGAUUAGUUCAUUAACAAGUCCUGCAAAGGCACCAGGACCAGGACUGGGGAACCACUGGGGCUCUUAUCUUUCUGGGAAGUUUAUCUUUCCAAGCUUAUGCCUUUCUGAGGGACCCUUUAGGGCCACCAGACAGUCCACAUUUCUGCUGGAUGCUAACUUUCAAUACAUAUGGAGAGAGUAAGAAUGCAGACAUUUUUAGUAAGAAUGUAGACUGGCUGGGGGUCGCUAAGGAAAUCUUGGUGUAGACAUCUACAGUCUGAAUGACAGCUGAAGGAUCUAAGCUCUGUCUGCCUCAGAUUUACAGAGAAUCUGAGCCUAAAGCCAUCCCUGUACAUAUCUGUGUAUGCGGUUGAAGGUGCUUGUAUUUAUGAUUGUACUCUGUAAAUAAAAAUCUGGGACCAUG